UUUCGGGAUCCGGGCCUGAAAUGCUCCGCUGUCAAGUCAAGACCACUCACUGGCCCAGCGGCGCUGCAGGCACCAUCUAGCCACUCUAGGCUCUCCACUCGCCUCCACAUUGGGGCAAGGCAAGACAUCCAUCCUUCAACGGUGCAGUUGCUCUCGACUUCCUCCGUCAUUCUACCUCACUUCGCUCCCUUCCUCUACUCUCUUGCAGACUUCAGUUCUCAAAUAUUACGCAUUUCUCCGGUUUCAUAUUUGCACAACCCCAGCACAUAUUACGGCUAUAUCCACUAUUGUCUUAUAGACAGCGUUCUCCAUACUCUGUACCAACAAGCUUGCCCCGCACCACGCCAGUACCUUGCAGACGUCUCACUCAACACAGCAUUGUUCUGGAUAUCUUCGAUACAAUUUAGAGCAUUUUGCUUUUACUGAAUUGCACAGUUAUAGCUGGUCUGCGCUUGGCGGACGCUCAAAAACGCCAUGUUUGUACUCCCACCCCCACCCAGAUAUCCCUCAAUCAAUGCGUACAACGCAGCUGUUGCCAAUGGAACUGCUCCAGCUCUUAUUGAGACUAAUAACAUCCUGUCACACCCUACGGGACCCGAGUACCAGCUGGUUGUGGGUGAAGGAACAUACGUUCUAAAAGAAGAUCUACACCUUGCGACACCGCCUCCGCAUCCCUCAGAAGCCCCAAUUAUCAAUCCGAAUCCCCUUGCGACAACACCCCAACCUGCGACGGCUGGAACCAAGAUAUCUCUGCUUUCGUUCAGCUCCCGAAGUUCAGCUCCGCUUCUCUACAAGGUCGAUACGAACAGAAGCACAAGGUCUGGGGGUUUAUCUGGUAGCAUCCAAGAGCAUCCUGCCGAGGACCGAGUUUCUGGAGAUAAUGUUCCUGGUAGCAGUGAUGGAGGCGGAACAUCUGUCACUGGGAGUGCCAGGGCAACUCUCUCCAUUGGUUCUGCUCCAGCAUUCGGCGAAGGCAACUCCAUGUUAUCCGCAACAAGCAAAGAUGCCGGAAAACGAAGGAAGCCCAAGAACAAUAUCGCCAAGAGUAACUCGUCGUUCAUCUCAAGGUGCAUUGUCAACGAGAAUAUGGGCAAGAGGGUACAGGAGAGGCCGGCGGAUGGAUACUUCGCUUUUGCCAAUAUCAAUCGAGCUUUCCAAUGGCUUGACUUGUCCUCACCUCAAAAGGCUGAUCAUUUAACCAAGAUUUUGUUCACCAAGGGUCAUUGUCUCUGUCAUGAUAUCAACCAAGUUACCAAAGCUCCAAACCAUAUGGAUAUCAUAAUGGGAUUUUCAACAGGCGAAAUUAUCUGGUUCGAGCCAAUUUCUCAGAAAUACACACGCUUGAACAAGAAUGGGAUCAUUAAUGCCACUCCUGUCUCGGAAAUCCGUUGGAUUCCUGGAUCUGAAAACCUAUUUCUUGCGGCACAUAUGGACGGCUCUCUAGUCGUGUAUGACAAGGAAAAGGAGGAUCUGGCUUUCCUACCAGAAGAGAAUGGUACUACGACAAAUGGUAAUGCUGACCAGACUAAUGGGCACGCCGAAACCGCCAAGCUCCACGUGGACAAGUCUGUACAUUCUAAGAACCAGAAGUUCAACCCUGUAUCAUUCUGGAAGUUGUCCAACCAACGCAUAAAUGCUUUUGCAUUUUCGCCUGAUAACAGGCACUUGGCAGUAGUUUCAGAGGAUGGAACUUUACGGAUCAUAGAUUAUCUCAAGGAGCAGCUUCUUGACCUUUAUGCCAGUUACUAUGGUGGCUUUCUCUGCGUCUGCUGGUCUCCAGAUGGCAAAUAUGUCCUCACUGGAGGCCAAGACGAUCUCGUAUCCAUCUGGUCAGUUGCUGAGUCUACCAUCGUUGCUCGUUGCCAAGGUCAUCAAUCUUGGGUCACCGCUGUUUGCUUUGAUCCAUGGCGAUGUGAUGACCGAAAUUACCGAUUUGGUAGCGUUGGCGAGGACUGCCGGCUCUUGCUAUGGGACUUCAGCGUAGGAAUGUUGCACCGUCCAAAGGCUGUUUCUGUUCGACAGAGAGGAAGCAUUUCCUCUCGCUUUGCGAAUCCGCUACAGCGAGCCGAAACCCAAAACACAGGAACUAGUAGGCUACGAUCAAACUCCAGUCUCUCGGCAUCGGAUGAAGAUGAGCAUCUGAUUGAACAUCCCGUGGAGCCAAGGUCAAACACGGCAAUGCUUCCACCAGUCAUGUCUAAGGUUGUUGAUCCAGAUCCACUUUGCUGGUUGGAGUUCACCGAAAGUUCAAUUCUCACAAGCUGCAAAAGCGGCCACAUUCGCACUUGGGACCGGCCUCGGGACGUUGCCAACCAAAGUGAAAUCACGUUAUCAUCUACUUAGGCAGUUUAUUUCUGCCCCAAAGAAAUCUCUUGCAUACUUAGCGCGAUACAAAAUAAUUUAUGGAGUUGAAUUGUUUAAUUUUACAUACCUCAAAGCUUGAUACAACGAGCUCGUUGCUAAUUUCAUUCUCGAUUUUUUUUUCUUUUGCUGCCUGUGAAGCUUAAUAUCGCGCCGUGUGAGAGAGGGUUGACCGAAGAGCAGUAUACUUUAACGAACGCCCAUACUAUUCAAGGCAGCCUUCCAGCGAAAGCUUGAGUUGUUUCCAAGUUUCUCUUGUCUGUCAGUCGUCAAAUCAGAUGUCAUACCGGUUAUACGGGAAACCUCCAGAUGUCCCAGGAGGGCGGGGCGACAACUGUCGGAC